AUGAAAUUGGCGAGAAUUACCGUCCGAUUGGCAGAUGAAGACAGGUUUCAUCUCGAAGAUGGAGCAACCACAAUCAUGCUGAAAUUCCUUCCGCCGAAGUUGGCCAGCGAGACGUUGAUGGAGCUGGUCGACCAGGUGGCUCCGGGACGGUAUGACCUCUUUUACUAUCCACGCUCCAGGCACCGGCGAAAACGCAACAUCGACAUGUGCUUUAUCAACUUCGUCGAUCAUCCGAGCGCAGUUCUCGCCGGUGAACACUUGGCCAAGGAGUUGGAAAGCUCUUGGGUGGCUGUACGGCAAGCAGGAGUCCAAGGAUUCCUGCCGAACAUAGCUUACUACGUCACCAAGAGCCUUGGCAUUGUUGUUGGCCACAAGACACCAUGUUCACUUGCACGUGUUCGUUGGGUUUUGUUCAACAUAUCAUGUUUCCUCCAAGUCGAACUGUUGAAAUAG